CAGCAAUGGACGCACUGGCCGCUGCGCCCACGGCGGUGGGCCUUGUGCGUCGAGUCCCGCCCGUGCACAGGUAGGGUGAAAUGUUUCUCCGAAGAAGUCCUAUUCGAACGGACCACAUCGCAUGAUCCGUCUGUCCACCCUAAUUACUUGCCGGCGGACCUGCCGGCGGACUAUCUAGCGGUCAGCCGCCUGAUCAGGGUUAUCGAGAAAUCGCAGGUCGCAGCAGGUCGCCUCGCUUCCCCUCUGGUUUACUGUCCCGUUGUCGCCAUGUCGUGCUGUACGUGCAUGAUCUC